AUGGCACCAACAGACAAAUAUACCGAUCCCAAGUUACGUGAUCAAGUUAAAGAGGAGAUCCAUCGAGGUGAUAAAGGUGGAAAACCAGGCCAAUGGUCUGCAAGAAAGGCGCAAAUGAUGGCUGCGGAGUACAAGAAGCGAGGUGGAAGUUACAACACCUCGAAAGAAGAAGGGCAAAGUGAAACACAAAGGCAUCUCGACCAGUGGACAAAGGAAGAUUGGCAAACUAAAGAGGGAUCUGGCACUGCGAAAAAGGAGAAUGGUACACGCAAACGAUAUUUGCCGAAACAGGCGUGGGAGCAAAUGAGUGACGAUGAGAAGGAAGAAACCGACAAGAAGAAAGUCAACGAGUCUAAGAAGGGAAAGCAAUUCGUGGGAAAUACCUCUAAGGCUAAAUUGGCUAGAAAAGAUGCUAGUCGUGACGCGCGUGGCUCGCAGGAUGAAAGUCAACAUGGUAGUACGGACGAUGCGGAGGAACAUACGCAUAAGCACAACACCCGUGCUAGACAAACGCGCUCGAGCGACCGGAAGAAAAAUACGUCUGAGAAUAAUACACCCAAAAAAGAGGCUAAGGAGAAUGGGGCAAGUAAGCAAGGCGCAGGGAGAAAGCGUAGUGCAGAUCAGUCUAAGAAGCCGAAGAAAAAGACAAAGAACCAACAGCAAGAGGAGGUCGAUGAAGACGAAGAUGAAGAUGAGGGAAAGGAAUGA